GCCAGAGCAGCCGAUCCGCCGAGGGCGCGGAUUGGGGGCAGGCCCGCAGCCGGAGGCGGCAGGUUUGAAAUGGCCGCCGCGCGCGCGCCCGCCCGCCGCUGAGGGAGGCCGCCAUGGCCACCAAGCGCUUGGCCAGGCAGCUGGGGCUGGUACGGAGCAGCGCGCGGCCGCGAGGCGCGCCCGCCCCGGCCGCCGGGCAGCGCUUCAGCUACGUGAGCGUCAUCGACCUGGAGGCGACGUGCUGGCGGGACGCGGGGUGCCGCCGCCCCGAGACCAUUGAGUUUCCAGCAGUUCUGCUAAACACGGCGACAGGAGAAGUUGAAUCUGAAUUUCACACCUAUGUCCAGCCUCAGGAGCACCCUAUUCUCUCCGAAUUUUGUACAGACCUGACUGGCAUAACACAGAAUCAAGUUGAUGAAGCGGUCCCUCUAAAUAUUUGCUUAUCACAGUUUUUGAAAUGGAUUCAAAAGAUACAAGAGGAGAAGAAAAUUCUAUUCAAUUCAGAUAUUCCAAGUCAUUCUACAUCAGAAGCGAAACUAUGCACCUUUGUUACUUGGACAGACUGGGACCUGGGUGUGUGUUUGCACUAUGAGUGUAAAAGGAAGCAGCUGCGAAAACCUGACAUUUUAAAUUCCUGGAUUGAUCUCAAAGCAACAUACAGACUAUUCUAUAAUAGGAAGCCUAAAGGGCUAAAAGGUGCCUUGCAGGAUUUGGGGAUAGCUUUUGCAGGACGGGAGCAUUCUGAGCCUGGCAUCCAGAUGAAAGAUGAGCUAUUCAAAUAAACAACCCAGCAUCUUGACUAUGAAUUGAACAGAACAUCAUUAGGCUAAUAUGCUUAUUAAUUUAGAGCAUUGAUUUCUACUUCUGGGGAUUCAUUUCCCCAAAUCUCCAUUUCUUUGGGGACUCCCUAGGCACAUCCAAAGGGGAACCUGAUUUCCCGAACACUGAGUAUAAACUUCACUGACAAGACU